GGUAUCCUUUCCUGCCGUGUUGUCCUCAGACUCCAUCGUCCCACCAAACACCUCCACCUCCACCCCGAUGGCUGCGCGAGUUAUCACCCAGAUCGUCAUUGUCGGAUCCCAGAUUCUGGGCAAGGCCUUUGUCGAGGCCUUCCGUGAAGCAUCCAAGAAGGGCGCCGUUGCUGGUGCCUCGGGUGCUCGGUCGGCUGCCGAUGUCGCCACUCGAAAGACGGGCAUGUCCCUGGAUGAGGCGCAGCAGAUCCUUGCUGUUCGAAAGGAGAACCUGACGAUGGAAGAGGUUAUGAAGAAAUACGACCAUCUGUUCAAGGCGAACGACCCUGCAUCGGGUGGAACCUUCUAUCUGCAGUCCAAGAUUGUUCGUGCAAAGGAGCGCAUCGAGAUGGACUUUAACAAGAGUACACCCGACUCAACCCCAUCGAAUUGAAGAUUGCCUCGCCACAUGGCUCCAGCUGACACUGCGACAACCUAUGAGCUCAGGCGAUCGAUUGAGACUAAGACCGAGACAACGCUUGAUCCGAUUUUAUUGGUUGU